UGCGCUGCCGGCGGGAGGCUGGGCUGCGCCGGGCCGCGGCCGGGCCGCCCAGCUCCGCCUCGGCGUCCCCAGAAGCGAUGCGGCGGUGCACACAAUGAAUUGGCGGUCCGGAUCCCGCGGCGUUGUCCUCACCGCCUACCACCCCAGCGGCAGGGACGCUCCCGGAGGCCGUCGAUCUGGCCAGUAUACAAUGAACCAUGACCAUUCCAAGAAGACCCCGGAUGGAGCAUCAUUUGACCGCUCUGGAUCCCAGGAUUCCUUGGAUGAACUGUCUCUGGAUGACUACUGGAAAGAAGUUGAAAACAUCCAUGAAACCAGAGGACAUAAUAAUGAAGAACGAGUAGCACUUGUAGUGAAAGAACCAGAUGAGGGAGAACUGGAAGAAGAAUGGCUGAAGGAGGCAGGUCUGUCAAAUCUCUUUGGUGAAACCCCUGUGGACUCCCUGGAAAGUAUGGUGUUUCUUUCCACACUAACCCGAACCCAGAGGGCAGCAGUAGAAAAGCGAGUAGAGACUGUCACACAAACCAUGAGGAAAAAAAACAAACAGCAUCAGAUACCUGAUGUCAGAGAUAUCUUCAGGCUACAAAACGACUCAAGGGGAAAAGCUGAUGAUGGAAAUGAACCCUCAACUGUGAGAAAAAGUGAAAACAAAAAUGAAACACAAGAUGGAACAAAAGGUGCAAAGUUCAGUCUUGGAACUGAUGAGCAGAAGAGCCCACUUGAAGAAAUGCCAUUUUCGGACACUGACAUCAAUUUGGAGAUAUCGUUUUCAGAACAGGCAUCUAAUCUCAAAGAUAGCUCAGUAGAUAAAAUGUGCAAGACUGGAGGGGGUGACACUCUUCUCCCGAACUUCAGGCUGCCGAAGGACAAAACAGGUACCACAAAGAUUGGUGACCUGGCCCCUCAGGACAUGAAGAAGGUCCAUUCUUUAGCGCUGAUUGAAUUAACUGCUCUCUAUGACAUACUUGGGACAGAAUUCAAGCAGCAAAAAGCUGUAAAAAUAAAAACCAAAGACUCUGGCUUGUUUGGGGUCCCACUGUCUGUUUUACUGGAACAAGAUCGGAAGAAGGUGCCAGGAACCAAGAUCCCACUGAUUUUUCAAAAGUUGAUUGCCCAGAUAGAAGAGGCAACUCUAGAAACAGAAGGACUUCUUAGAAUACCAGGAGUUGCAACAAGAAUAAAGAGUCUUUGCCAAGAACUGGAAGCAAAAUUUUAUGAAGGGACUUUCAACUGGGAAAAUGUAAAGCAACAUGAUGCAGCAAGUCUUUUAAAACUCUUCAUCCGUGAACUGCCUCAGCCACUCCUCACUGUAGAAUAUCUCAAAGCUUUUCAAGAUGUACAGAAUCUUCCAACAAGGAAACAGCAGCUGCAAGCUUUGAAUCUUUUGGUUCUCCUUCUACCUGAAGCAAACAGAGACACUCUGAAGGUACUCCUUGAAUUCCUCCAAAGGGUAAUUGAUCAUCGAGACAAAAAUAAAAUGACGUUAAAGAACGUUGCGAUGGUGAUGGCCCCAAAUCUUUUCACAUUUCAUGGGUUUGGCUCAAAGAGUAUUGAACAAAGCGAGUUUGUUAUGGCAGCUGGAACAGCAAAUGUCAUGCGCUUUAUGAUUCGGUACCAAAAACUUCUCUGGACAAUUCCUAAGUUUAUUGUUAACCAAGUAAGAAAACAAAACACUGAAAGACAGAAGAAGGACAAAAAGGACAAAGCUAUGAAGAAACUUCUGAAGAAGAUGGCAUAUGACAGGGAAAAGCAUGAGAAACAAGAAAAGACCCCUAAUGAUGCUGAUGUUCCUCAGGGAGUGAUACGGGUACAAGCGCCUCAUCUUUCGAAAGUUUCCAUGGCAAUACAGCUGACAGAAGAACUGAAAGCUGGUGAUAUUGUAGCCAGGUUUCUCAGCCAGAAAAGUGGAAAUGUCCAAACACUGAAGAAAGAAGAGGUCUUUCUCUAUGAAAUAGGAGGAAAUAUUGGAGAACGCUGCCUUGAUGAUGAUACCUACAUGAAGGACCUGUAUCAGCUCAACCCAAAUGCUGACUGGAUUAUAAAACCUAAACAGAGCUAAGCUCAAAAUUAAUGGCAAAAGGAAAAAAAAAAAAAAAAAAAAAAAGAAGAAAAACCUGUGGACUUACAUUGUAACACUGAAUGUUUCAAAGGGAUAGUGUGUCCUUAUCCACUUUAAAAAAAAAAAAGUGAUUACCAGUAAAUUUUCAGUUUUACUCACAGCAAAAUUUUGCAGUUAGCACAGUUUUCCCACUCAUAUUUGAAAUGAGAAUAAGUACCUUAAAUAUUUUAAUGGCACUAAUCUACCUCCCAUCUGGUAGGUCUUGUUUUAGAAGAAUUUAUUUUUCACACAGAUGUUUAACCUCUUUUAUGUUAGAGAUCUACAAUCUGUGUAGAAUUCUGUGUUCAUAAAGGUCUUUACAGUGCUAAUACACUGGACAACAAAAUCUUGAUCAGCACUUCUGAAUGGUACAGUAUUAAAAACACCUAAAACCAGUCAUAUGAGUUUCCCAAAUAAGGGAGAAAUUCACAGGAAAAAAAAUGCAAUGCAGUAGGUUUUGUCUUUUAAAGUCCUAAUGUUGUUCACUUUCUACAUAAAGUUUGCUGAAAACUUUAAAUUUUUAAAAUUUUAAAAAACUGUGAAAAUGCUUUCUAUGCAGCUUUUUUUCUAGAUCUUUAAAAUAUUUUUAUCCUUAUUCCAGCUGAUUACAUUAUUGAGAUUAUUAAGGAAAAAAAAAAAAAAAGACCGUUGUGACAAGGUGAGUAAUUUUUAGAGCUCACCAUUCUUGGCAGUGUUCUUUCUGGAAUAUUGUCAUACACUAGAAAGACCCUCAGGUUUUUCAGCAAUGAUGUGCAGCUGUGUUACAUAGACUGGUUUCAAGUUUUUUUUCUGACACCUGAUAGAUUGCAUUUUGUGAACUGCCAAAACCUACCAAUUACUAGCACAAUAAAAACCUUCAAGGAGAGUAAAAUAACUGUGGAGGUGAAACUGCAGUCUAAAUUUCAUAGGUAGCAAACCACCAAACUUGUCACUCAAAGACAGUGUAAAGGUCUACUGUGAAGUUCACAUUGGCUUUUCGGGUAUUACCUACCAUCAGCUUUUUAUCUGGUCUGUUCUGGAUGAGGCUAGCAAUCAAAUUCUAAUUUCCCUUAUGUAGAUAGAUACUGUCUAAUCCAGUU